AUGGCAGAACGUCAAGGAAAGAAACAAGAGGAGGAGCAGCAGCGUAAAUUUAAAAACGAACAGGGGUUAAAAAAAGGUGGAUCUUUUAAUAGUAAUAAUAACUAUAAUAUCACCGAAGCUGAAGAACAAGAAGAAAAUGUAGACGUAUGGGACGAUAGCGCGUUAAUUUCUGCGUGGGAAAAAGCGUGGAAAGAAUAUCAGGACCACCAUAGUCUUAAAGCAACAUCGAAAACUGCAGCAGCAGCAGCAACAUCUUCGUCAUUUAGUGUAGACCAAAAAAACGACAAGCAAAAGCAAGCUAUACAAGAUGACAGUCUUAAAGUAACAUCGAAAACCGCAGCAGCAGCAACAUCUCCAUUUAGUGUAGACCAAAAAAACGACAAGCAAAAGAAGAUUAUCAUCGAUACUGAUAAAAAAAAAGUGAUAACCUCUAAUGAGACAACACAGCAUCAUUAUCCUCCUCAGACUCCACCACCCCCUUUACAUCAAGGUUAUUAUCCGUAUGGCCCUCCUCCCCUCUCGCAAUCAUACGAUCCUUAUUACGCGUCUUAUAAUACUUCUGGGCAUAGAACACAAAAGGGACCUCCACCACCUCAGCCACCAAUGAUUGAAACGGAUGAUGAAGCUCUCGCCAAUUUAUUAAUGGCGUGGUAUUUUUCUGGCUACUACACAGGAUUGUAUCAAGGUAGAAGACGAAAAGGAUGA